AGUACUUGCAAGAGGAGAAGAAAAUCACGUUUUCCCAGUUCAACAAACAGGUCUGAGCUCUCCAUCUCGCUUCAUCUAUCAACAUUAUCAUUAUCAUUAUCAAAACGUUCAUUUUAUCAUCGACACGAUUUUUCAAUAGAAGAAUGGCAACAGAUGUACGUGGUGUAGUGCUUUCUGGCACAAAUCUUGCAAAAGAAAUACGUGAAAGCCUUGCUAAAGAUGUUGCAAACUGGAAGACAAAAUUGCCUGAUUAUUCACCAGGUUUGGCAAUUGUCCAAGUUGGAGGUCGUGAAGAUUCAAAUGUUUAUAUUCGUAUGAAGAUUAAAGCAGCAUCAGAAAUUGGUAUUAAUGCAACUCAUGUUAAAUUACCAAAUACAACAACUGAAAUGGAAUUGAUGAGUAAACUUGAUAAACUCAAUAAUGAUCCAGAAACACAUGGAAUUAUUGUUCAAAUGCCACUUGACAGUGUCAAUAAAAUUAAUUCACAUUUGAUAACUGACAUGGUUUCACCUGAAAAAGAUGUUGAUGGUCUAAAUACCAUCAAUGAGGGUAGAGUUGCAAUUGGUGAUAUGACUGGAUUUGUACCAUGUACACCAAAUGGCUGUAUUGAGCUGAUAAAAAAGAGUGGAGUUGCAAUUUCUGGUGCAAAUGCUGUUGUACUUGGAAGAAGUAAAAUUGUUGGUACACCAGUUGCUGAGUUAUUAAAAUGGAACAAUGCAACUGUAACAAUUUGUCAUUCAAGAACUAAAAAUUUAUCAAGUGUUGUCAGUCAAGCAGAUAUACUUGUUGUUGGUAUUGGACAACCAGAAAUGGUCAAAGGAUCAUGGAUUAAACCUGGUGCAGUUGUUAUUGAUUGUGGUAUCAAUGCUAUACCUGAUUCAACAAAAAAAUCUGGUCAACGUUUGGUUGGUGAUGUUGAGUAUGCUGAAGCAGCAAAGUCAGCAUCAUAUAUAACCCCGGUACCUGGUGGUGUUGGACCAAUGACAGUUGCAAUGUUAAUGAAAAAUACAGUAAUAUCAGCUGAAAGAUCAGCUGAACGUUUGUUAAGCAACAAGUGGAAUAUUCGUCCAUUACCAUUGAAAUUUGUUGAUCCAAUACCAAGUGAUAUUUUAAUAUCACGUAGUCAAGAACCAAAACCAAUAACAACACUGGCUAAUGAAAUUGGUAUUGCACCAAAUGAAUUAAUUCCAUAUGGCUCAACAAAAGCUAAAAUAAGUUUAAAUAUUUUAAAACGUUUGAAUAAACAAAAAAAUGGUAAAUUUGUUGUUGUUGCUGGUAUAACACCAACACCACUUGGUGAAGGUAAAAGUACAACAAGUCUUGGUUUAGUACAAGCUUUAACAGCACAUAAAAAUAAAAAUUCAAUUGUUACAUUACGUCAACCAAGUAUGGGACCAACAUUUGGUGUUAAAGGUGGUGCUGCUGGUGGUGGUUAUUCACAAGUUAUACCAAUGGAAGAAUUUAAUCUUCAUUUAACUGGUGAUAUACAUGCAAUAUCAACAGCUCAUAAUCUUUUAUCAGCACAAAUUGAUACACGUUAUUUUCAUGAAUCAACACAAACUGAUGAAGCUCUCUAUGAUCGUCUUGUACCAACAAUAAAUGGAACAAGAAAAUUUUCAAAUAUACAAUUACGUAGAUUAAAUAAACUUGGAAUUAAUAAAACAGAUCCAAAUUCAUUGACUACUGAUGAACGUACAAAAUUUUCACGUUUAAAUAUUAAUCCAGAUAAAAUAACAUGGCCAAGAGUUGUUGAUUUAAAUGAUAGAUAUUUACGUGAAAUAACAAUUGGUCAAAGUCCAAGUGAAAAAGGUAAAACACGUAAAGCAAAAUAUUGUAUAACUGUUGGUUCUGAAAUAAUGGCUGUACUUGCACUUGCAACAGACAUUGAUGAUAUGAAAAAUAGACUUGGUAAUAUUGUCGUUGGUUUUUCAAUGAAUAAUGAGCCAUUAACUGCUGAUGAUUUUGGUAUGACUGGUGCAAUGGCAGUUAUAUUAAAAGAUGCAAUACAACCAAAUUUAAUGCAAAGUAUUGAAGGUACACCAGUUCUUGUACAUGCUGGUCCAUUUGCAAAUAUUGCACAUGGUUGUUCAUCAAUAAUUGCUGAUAAAAUUGGACUUAAACUUGUUGGUAAAGAUGGUAUUGUUGUUACUGAAGCUGGUUUUGGUUCUGACAUUGGUAUGGAAAAGUUUUUCAAUAUUAAAUGUAGAAAAUCAGGACAUGUACCAAAUGCAAUUGUACUUGUAACAACAAUACGUGCAUUAAAAAUGCAUGGUGGUGGUCCAGCAGUUGUACCUGGUAGUCCAUUAAAAAAAGAAUAUACUCAAGAAAAUUUAGAUCUCGUUGAAAAAGGUCUACCAAAUUUAUUAAAACACAUUGAAAAUGGUAAUUUAUAUGGUGUACCAGUUAUUGUUGCAAUCAAUAGUCACUCAAGUGAUACUGCUGCUGAACUAAAUCUUGUCAAAGACAGUGCAAUGAAAAAUGGUGCAUUUAAUGCUGUUAUAUGUAAUCAUUGGGCACGAGGUGGUGAAGGAGCAAUUGAACUUGCUGAUGCUGUUAUUGAAGCUGUUGAUAAACCAAGCAAUUUUAAGCUGCUAUAUGAUCUUGAUUUAAGUAUUGAAGAAAAAAUUAAUAUUAUUGCAACUAAAAUGUAUGGAGCUGGUGAAAUAAUACUACAUGAUAUUGUUAAAGAAAAAAUUAAAAAUUAUAGUCAAUUUGGAUAUGAUAAAUUACCAUUGUGUAUGGCUAAAACAUCAAAUUCAUUAACUGGUGAUCCACUUGUUAAAAAUUCACCACGUAAUUUUAAACUUGAAAUAACAGAUAUAUUUGUAUCUGUUGGUUCGGGUUUUGUUGUUCCAAUGGUUGGUGAAAUAAUGAUGAUGCCUGGGCUAUCAACAAGACCAGCUAUUUAUGACAUGGACUGGAACAGUGAGACAGAUGAAAUUGAAGGUUUAUUUUAAACAAAAAAACAUAAAACAAUAUAUAUUUUUUUCUCUUUUUAUAUUAAUUACAAUAGUAUCUACAAAAAAAUUUAAUCAAUAAAAAAAAUUAUCAUGUUCUUUUUUUU